GCCGUGUUCCGUUAUCAGUGGGGCUUUCCAGCGGUUAAUCGGAUCGGAAUGGAACCAAAAAUGGAGCACGUGUCGGUGACACUGCCUGUGAGCAACGAACCGCUCAUUGUGACCAGCGUGGGGUCUCGGAAAAGCCUCAAAAGGCACUGGAAUCAGCUGUCACGGUUUCAGAAGAAUUUGGCCUGCAUCUUUCUGGCCGGGUGCUGCAUUUUCUACAUCGUGUUCUUCAUGCUACCGCUCGAUGAUCCGUCCCGAAGUUCCGACUCGAAUGUGAUCGACUCGCUGGAACACAUCCAGAUUGCGCCGUUCAAAGAGAGGCACGAGCGAGUGAUUGCUCAGUCGGUCGUGAAGGAAGUCAAACUCACCGAUAGCCACCGGGAAGGGAAUCCGGCAACGGAGGAGCCCCAAGCGGUUGCCGUUGGCCAACCGCCGGACACAAGCCCCGGCCCGGCUCGACUCGAGAUCGUGCGCGAGGAGCCGAAAGAGAUCGUCGACAACGAGGAGAACGUGCUGGAGGAGAACCACCGGGCAGCGUUUCCCGGUGCGAAAGAUUUCAAGGGUCCAACGAACGAGCGGCAACGGGCGGUGGUCGAAGCGUUUCAACACUCGUGGAAGGGCUACAAAGAGUACGCCUGGGGCCACGACAACCUGAAACCGAUCUCGAUGGGGUACUCGGACUGGUUCGGGCUCGGGCUUACCAUCAUCGAUUCGCUCGAUACGCUCUACAUCAUGGAUCUGCAGGACGAGUUCGAUGAGGCACGGACCUGGGUCGAGAAGUACCUGAAGUUUGACGUAAACCGUGAGGUUAACCUGUUCGAAGUGACGAUCCGUGUCGUUGGUGGGCUGCUCAGUGCCUACCAUCUGAGCGGUGAUCGAAUGUUUCUGGACAAGGCGAUCGACCUGGGCAACCGGCUGCUGCCGUGCUUCGACUCACCGUCCGGCAUACCGUUUUCCGACGUCAACAUCGGUACACUGACGGCCCACGCGCCCAAGUGGUCGCCGGACAGCUCGACCAGCGAGGUCACCACUAUUCAGCUCGAGUUCCGCGAUCUUUCGCGCAGCGCCGAGAAUCCAGUGUUUGAAAACGUGGCCGCCAGGGUCAAUCUGAAGGUGCACGAGCUGGACAAAAACGAGGGCCUGGUGCCGAUCUUUAUCAACGCCAACACGGGACUGUUUCGCAACUUUGCAACGGUUUCGUUAGGGGCGCGUGCCGAUUCGUACUACGAGUAUCUGCUGAAGCAGUGGCUGCAAACGGGCAAGAAGAACGAUGAUUAUCUCAUCGAGGACUAUCGGCAAGCGAUGAGUGGCGUACUGAAUCAGCUGGUCCGGACGACGCCAAACGAGAAGCACGUCUACAUCGGGGAGCUGAUCAACGGGAAAGACUUUAAGCCAAAGAUGGAUCACCUGACCUGCUACCUGCCCGGUACGCUGCUGCUCGGUUACAAGAACGGCAUGCCAAAGACGCACCACCGGCUGGCGACGGAUCUGCUCGAAACGUGCUACCAGACGUACAUGAAGCAACCGACGCAGCUCGCGCCCGAGAUCACGUACUUCAACGUGAACGGCGAGUCCGAGACGGACAUCUACGUCAAGACGAACGACGCGCACAACCUGCUGCGGCCGGAGUUUAUCGAAAGUCUGUACUACUUCUACGCCAUCACCGGCAACCGCACGUACCAGGAUAUGGGUUGGACGAUCUUCCAGGCGUUCAAUCGCUACACGAAGGUCAAAAACGGCUACACCUCGAUCGGUAACGUGAAGAACCCGCUCAACACGCGACCUCGCGACAUGAUGGAAACGUUCUGGCUGGGCGAAACGCUCAAGUACUUCUAUCUGCUGUUCAGUGACGAUCGCAACGAAAUCGAUCUCGACCGGUACGUGUUCAACUCGGAGGCCCAUCCGCUACCGAUCCGCGAUCACGUCUAAAGUGGUGCGCGCACACACGCACACGAAAUAGGAUAUUUUCUUUUCCAAUUACUUACCGGCCUCUUUCUCGCACCGGUGGCCCCGCCACAAAACGCCGGCCCGGUGGGAGAGGAUAUUAAUUAGUUAGUCAAAUGAUGAUGUGUUUUAGUUUCGUUUCGAACGAUAGCAAAACGGAUCGCCGGCGCGCAACGCGCCGUGACACAGCCGGCCCGAUUGGCCGAGUUAAAUCAAAUUUGUACAGCAACGUUUAAGACAGCUUUUUUUAAAUGAAUCGAUCACUGUUCCCCUUUUGACCGGUACGCUGUCCCCGGUAUUGACCCGGUAAAUCCACUCCGAAUUUAAAUGUUACCAAGCCUAGACGGUGUACCGGGCCGCACAGAACAUUCCUUACGCACAUGCGGUGUCUCUUCGUGUGAAUGUUACACCCUGUCCCCUGUUCCCCAGUAGCACCGACAACUAGCAUCCCCGGUUCCAGUCCAGUGCGGCGCGGAAUCGGCGCGACUGAGAACGCGAAAUUACUUCCCGUAGGACACUAGCGAUAGGUAUUUUAAAUCAAUUUUCAACACUUUGCUUUUGCUGAUAUUGAAUCAGUUUCUAGUCCUGGAAUGGUAGCAAAUGAGAAAGCGAGAGAAUGCGCGCCUCGGAAUGAGCGGGAAAGUAAUUUAAAACGUGUCGCACCCCGCAAAGGCGCGGUGUUGUGUGAAUGGGAAUCAUCUAGAAAAUGUAGCCACUAAGACUAUUGCGGCGCGCGGCGUGCAUUUCCACUUUAUCACUACCGUUGAGUGAUACAAUCAUAGUUCAGUUCUUAUGCGAC